UUCUUAUUCAUUGAGUUGGAUAAGACGGCCGCAAUCUUCUUCUCCAACUUCAUUCCCAUUCCAUUGCUGCCUGCCUGCUGAACUGAAGUUUAAAGCUACAAAUACUUAUUAAUCAUGAGUAAGCUUCAGAGUGAAGCUCUUAGAGAGGCAAUCACUCAGAUUACCACUGAAGCUAAGGAAAAGAAGCGUAACUUUACUGAGACCAUUGAGCUCCAGAUUGGACUCAAGAACUACGACCCACAAAAGGACAAGCGUUUUAGUGGUACCGUGAAGUUGCCUCACAUUCCUCGUCCUAAGUUGAAAGUUUGCAUGCUUGGAGAUGCCCAGCAUGUGGAAGAGGCACAAAAGAUUGGUUUGGAGUACAUGGAUGUCGAAUCACUUAAGAAACUCAACAAGAACAAAAAACUAGUGAAGAAGCUUGCCAAGAAACACCAGGCUUUUUUGGCCUCCGAGUCUGUUAUCAAGCAGAUUCCCCGUUUGUUGGGACCUGGUUUGAACAAGGCAGGAAAGUUCCCUACACUUGUUAGUCACCAGGAAUCUCUUGAGGCCAAGGUCAAUGAAACCAAGGCUACUGUCAAGUUUCAAUUGAAGAAGGUGUUGUGUAUGGGGGUUGCCGUUGGAAACUGCAGCAUGGAGGAGAAGCAAAUCUUUCAAAAUGUGCAAAUGAGUGUCAAUUUCCUUGUUUCGUUGUUGAAAAAGAACUGGCAGAAUGUAAGGUGUUUGUACUUGAAGACAACAAUGGGAAAGCCCGUACGCAUCUUUUAGGUGUUUUCGUUGCUUUUUAAAGCUUGUUAUGUUUGAGACAGGUGCCGUUGUUAGUUAUUGGAAGGAUUUCCCCAUAAUGGGUAGUGUCGUAUUUUACUUAUCGGAUGUUUGUUUUUUUUAUUUUGUUAGAUGCUGCUAUGAAUUUUAUGUUUCAUGGA